GCGUCGCUGAUUACGUGCUGCGGCGGCGGGCGGACGGUUCCGCUGACUCGCUAGUGCUCGGCGGGCAGCUCCCGGUGCCGCCCCUUGGUUCCUUUAGCGCCGGUGACCCCGGCCGGGACGCCAGCUGCCGCCCGGCUGCCGCAUGAACAUGGACUCCGCCGGCCAAGAUAUCAACCUGAAUUCUCCUAACAAAGGUCUGCUGUCUGACUUCAUGACUGAUGUCCCUGUCGACCCAGGUGUGACUGCCCGGACUCCUGCUGUUGAGGGUCUGACGGAGGCUGAGGAGGAGGAGCUGAGGGCUGAGCUUGCUAAGGUGGAAGAAGAAAUUGUCACUCUACGCCAGGUCCUGGCAGCCAAGGAGAGGCACUGUGGAGAGCUGAAGAGGAGGCUGGGCCUCUCCACCUUAGGGGGGCUGAAGCAGAACCUGUCCAGGAGCUGGCACGAUGUGCAGGUCUCUCAUGCCUAUGUGAGAACUUCUGAGAAACUUGGAGAGUGGAAUGAGAAAGUGACCCAGUCUGAUCUCUACAAGAAGACCCAGGAAACCCUCUCACAGGCAGGACAGAAGACAUCUGCUGCCCUGUCCACCAUGGGCUCUGCCAUCAGCAGGAAGCUUGGAGACAUGAGGGCUCAUCCGUUCUCACAUUCCUUUAGCAGCAACUACUCCAUCCGCCACUCGAUAAGUAUGCCGGCCAUGAGGAACUCUGCCACCUUCAAGUCGUUUGAAGACCGAGUGGGGACCAUAAAGUCGAAGGUUGUGGGUGGCAGAGAGAAUGGCAGUACCAGCCUCCCUUCCCCAACAGAGGGUGGUGACCAGCCACAGCCGGGACCUGCACCUUUCUAAGCCUGUGGCAGCAUCGCCUGUAGCAAGCACACCCUCCUCAUCAUAACUGCAGCUGAGCAAUGGGGCCACCAGCCAGGGCAAACCAGCGGCCGGUUUUGAGGACAUUGGUGCCCGUUCACACGCAGAUGUGGCUGUUGCCUUCGCAUGAUUAGAGAGCAAUCUUGUGCAUAGAUGUUUACACUGAAGUCAGUAGAUCAGCAGAUUGCUGUGCUGUCCUUGCCAGGGCCGCAGGAGAUGGACAGUGUGGAAGGUCCAGAGGGUGCUGAGCCAAAGCCCACGCUCCCUUUGAGAAUCUUGUGAGCUCACUAGGACGGAGGGAAGAAGCAUACUGAGUUUAAAACAAGUGGCAUCUUCUGUUCCCUUCCUCCUUCCCUGACUCACAGAAAGAAUUACACCACCCAGGACACUACCUGGCUGCAUUUUAUGUGGAGAUGCCGAAUGAGAGAACUGUAUGAGAGAACUGUCCAUUUCCUGAGACCGCAGAAAGGAAACAUUGUCAGCAGCUGCCUGAUUGUUACACUAAUGUCCUAGCUUUGACAGAAGCAGAUUCACUAUUUUUUAAAUGCAGUGAACUUUUCAAAAAUUAAAAUUCGUUAAAGCAGCUUUCGCCUCAUCUUUAGAGAAUGUUAUUUCUUUGGACUCAAACUGAAAUUCAAGCCUUACAUCACCUUAUGCUUUGUUUAUAAUCUUUUUAUAUAUAAAAAGAGGUUCGUUAAUGUUUCUGAGCACUGUGUAGAAUCUUACAUUUGGCCUAUGUCACACCCUGCCUGUACUGUUAGUGUGUUUUAUUCACUAAUACCCUCUCCCCUGUGUGCAAAACUUGCUUCUCUCAAAGACUGGCAGUUCUCGUAGGUCCCCUACUCUGACCCAUAGGGCUUCCGGGCCUCUGGGGGCAGGCAGGACCGAGAGAGAAAGCCUGUCUUUAGCACCCUUCGCAUAAGGUGUGCCCUGCACAGUGCUGCCUUGCCUGGGCUUGGCCUGCCGGCAUAGCACUGGCAGACAGCCCUGUCUGCCUGUUCACUACACAUAGGAUGAAUGGGAAGCAGAACCAGCCCUGCAGUUGGGGAUGGAAUUUUGGAAUGAGUUGAAACUGUCACCUUUUCUCAGGAGCUACAAAGAUUUCUUUCCCAUUUUUAAACUGCCACACCCCAGUAGCCUCUCUCACACUGGGAGCCUGCAUGUCAGGAGGCAUGGUCUGGAGGGGCAGCUGUGUGCCUUAGUGGCUCUUGGCAGGGCAUUGAGACCUUGCCUGCUGUAUGCACAUCUGUGCAUCCCUGAAAGGGAGGGAGCUGCUCAGCUCAGUGUCUGGUAGAAUGUGAUGUGUGUCCUUUGAUAACAAGAGGCCCUGGCCACUUCAGACACCCUUGUGGCACUGCACCACACACAACAGGAUGCGGGAACCAGAAAAAAGCACUGCUUAGUGUUCUUUUUCUAGGGUAAAAACUGUCGAUGGGGUGUAGUGAGAAGGCAGGUUGCAGGAAUGGUCACUGAUGUAUCUUCAUAAAAUGAACAAUGGGCAAUUUGUUAAUAAAGCAUUCCUUUGGGGAAAAAUCCA